GCCCGAAUUAAAAACCCAGCCCAAUCCAUUCCAAGUAGUCUAACCCUAAGACAGCUCUUUCUCCCGCUCUCUUUCUCUUUCUCUGUCACACGCACGCACUGACCUCUCUACUCUACCUGCUCUUCGUCUCUCUCUACCAGUGAUAAUUCGAACGGCGCCAGAGGAAAGGGAAAGAGCUCUCUCAGAAGCUAGGGUUUUAUAUUUCUGAAGUUCAACCUCUUCAAUUCGCAGCCAUGGCGAGCACCAAAGUUCAGAGGAUUAUGACCCAACCUAUUAACUUGAUUUUUAGGUUUCUUCAAAGCAAAGCACGCAUUCAAAUUUGGCUUUUUGAGCAGAAGGACCUAAGGAUCGAGGGCCGAAUCAUUGGUUUUGAUGAAUACAUGAAUUUGGUUCUUGAUGAUGCUGAAGAAGUCAACGUCAAGAAGAAGAGCAGCAAGACACUGGGGAGGAUACUUUUGAAAGGAGACAACAUAACUCUGAUGAUGAAUUCGGGAAAAUGAUGAUCAUGCCACUGAUUGGAUUGAUUGAGGCUUACAGUGUUGUUCCCGUAGCAUAGCAUGUAUGUUGAGUUAAUUUACAGUUGCUACUUCGGCCGCUUGGUUUGAGUACAUUUUGGAUAGCAUGUAGGAGAACUCAUUGAAUGUUGAUUUUAUAUGCCUAUAAGUAGAUAAGUUGUUGCA